AUGAGUGAACUAAAUGAGGAUUCUCUGGAUCGUCACUUUGCAAAGCAGCUGCAGAUGGUGAGCGAUGUGUUUAUCCAAAGUAUAUGCGCAGUCCAUCAUGAUAUCAUACAUCACUGGCUGCUGGUUUUCUAUGAGGCGCCUUUGUCGGAUAAAUACGCCCGGAACUGUCUAAUGGUGUUGAUGCAUGAGCAAUUGAAGGUCAUGGGAAAACUGGGAAAACCCUUUACAGACUUGGCCAAUGCGAAACUGCCGCUAGAGGAAGUGCUUACGAAGUAUGAAAGUGAAAAGCAGAGUGAGCCAGAAAAUCCUCCAAUAGCAAAAACAAACACAGAAUCCGAUUUGGAGACAAAUUAUACUAGUUAUGACGGAGUCAGCAGUCGAUCCUCCGGAAAGCUGUCGACAGUGGUGCAAUCCAGCUUUAACUCCAAGAAGAAGAAAUCGGAUUACGAGCUGCAGUUGGAGAAGAAACAGCAACUACUCAAGCAGGCUAACUUGGAUAAUUAUAAGGAAAGCGAAUCCAAUUGGCAAAAAAAGAUGAAUCAAUCGCUGCAGACUCUACGGAGUCAGACGCGUCUACAGAAAGUCGAGUCGAAUGCACGGCAUGCAAUCCGUCGGCUCAAGAAUUGGACACCCAGCAGUGGUUCCAUUAAUUUACUGCGCAUCACCUUGCAGGACAUAUUCGAUGAUGAGCCGGAGACGCGACGAAUUCUACUGGACUUGGAUCGCAAGCUGGAGCGUGAGCUGGAGAAUCUGCUGGAGCAGGCGGGAGAAAGGCGUGAAAAGAAUGUGCGCAUACUCUACGAUCAGUUGUUCAAACAGCAGCAGGACUUACUCCAGGCCAAACAGACGCUGCUCGAACAGGAGCAACAAAAUCUGGCCAAGGCAAGACAGCAGCUCCAAGCAAAGGAGCAGGCACCAUAUUAUAAGAAUAUGCCAACCCAGACCAGUUUCUAUGUCAGGCCCAGCCAGCAGCCUCAAUCUAAAGAAUCCAACACCUGCAGCUGCGACCAAUGCCAAGAAAAUAGGAAACUAGUGACGCCCUCGCCUUCGCCGUCGCCUUCAGUCUCAUCCUCUUCUCUCUUUGUUCACAUUCAAGGCAACAAGGAGCUCAAAAAUCAAAAGAAUUGCGACUGCAAGUUCUGUCAGCAGUUUAAAAGGGAACUUUCGGACUAACCGGACAACAUAUAUUAAAAAUGUUUACUUUAAUACA